AUGAUUCUUCAUGGUGGGGGCACACAGGAGAGGGAAUUCGGGUAUAUAAAUGAGUGCAGGAGCAUAAGACUGUAUCAAAUGGAUCCAAGUAGCCGUAGCAGAAUGGAGCAGAACAACGAGGAGCUGAACCACGAGGAGCAAGGCAGCCAGGCAGAGACAAUCAUUCUACUGUCAGAUGAUGAUGAGGGCUAUGCUGCAUUAAACGAUAUGCAGGAAAUAAUCGAUAGCGUUGCGGAAGUGAAUAUGAAUCCUGUAAUGUUUGUAGAAGAUGAAGGAUUUUACGAAAACGUGCGUUAUUUGCAGGAGGCUGAAACACAAACUGAUCAUCUGGAGUUUUUAGAUAUAGAUAUAUCUGAGCAAGAUGUGCAACACAUUUUAGACGUACUGGGUAUAACACAGAAAGAUUUCUCAACGCUUGAUAAUAUAAAUUGUAAUGAGUUGAUGGAGAAAGCGCCAAGUCCACCAACUUCUGAGGCUUUAAAUUUGUCACCAGAGCGACCAGCGACUCCACCUGCCACUGUCUCCAACGAUGAUGAUUAUGAAAAUGACGAAGUGUGCUACAGAUGUGAAAGACGAAGAUACUGUCAUCACCAUCGCCCUAGUCAUAGAAGUCACAGAAGUCACAGACGCCAUCGCCAUCGUCAUUGA